AUUAAGAAAUCAUGUCUGCAAAGUCACAUAGUUCCUGUAACAGCAAGAUACUCUAUAAAGCUUGAAGUUGAGAUUUUUGAUAAGAUUACAUUUUGUACUUUUGGUGUUUAGUAAAACUCUGACCUAACACUGUUGUGGAAAAAUCUUUUAGUACCAUUUUGCAGCUUGUUGGUUGCUUUGAAUAGUGAUCUUUUUUGGUGUGAGUGAUAAAAGUGAGAUUAUUGGGUUUAAAAUUGGGUGAUCUUUAUUGUGUGGAGAAAUUUGUACAAAAGAGGGGCGGUUUGGUUGCUCGUAAAAUCAUCGGACAUUGGAGAAUGUCAAGAAACCCAGAACUGAAAUUUCACCAAAAAUGGGUAUUGGUUGCUCGUAUUAGGACUGCAAGAGAAUAUAGGCUGAACCUCGUAAUGUUCUGAUAAGGUCAAUGUUUUGAGCGUUAAAUUAAUCAUGUUCACAAGACACUACUGUCAGUUGUCAACUGUUUUCCUACACUUUCCAGCACAUAUGUUGUGCAGUAAAAAGCAAACACAUUAUUCUGAACAACAAAAAAUUUGAAAUACAUCCAAGUACCAUUUUUCCUUCUAUCCUUCUCCUAGUUCUGCCUUAUUUUGCCACCCACAAGUGAACCUAGCUGACACUAACAUAUUAAUGAUCAACUAUAUCAACUAUUAUAAUAUAGGCUCUAUUUUGGUUCUAGUUAUAAUGUAAUUGAUUGGAAAAGAUUAUAUUUGAUGGAGCGGAAAAUAUAGUUCUUCACUAAAUUAACAAAUCUUGGUGUUGGAUUUUGAUUAUGUUAAAGAUAAAUAGCAUUUCAUGUUCUUGUGCUUACCUGUAGGUUUUUUAAGCUAUCCUUAGGAUAUGGUUGAACUCCAUACUUCAAAUAUAUAUACAUAAAACUAGUUCUUGAUUAAAAAAAUGACAAAUAUAGCUAGUGUUUCAUUAGAUAACAAUUAUUACAAUUUUUUUAAUAGUAGAAUGAUAGUUAUUGUAUCAUUUUUUUUAUUUAAGGAAGACAAGAUAAAAUAUCAGUGAUUUAAUUUUAGAGUGUCUUAUAUGUUUUAAUUUCUCAUUUUGUUGAGCAAUUGUGAGUUAUAUGUUAUGCAUAUCAACUUGUAAUUUAUUUUAUUCUUGUAAAAUCGUAAGAAGUUUAGUCAUAAAGAUGAGUCUGGCAAGUGUAAUAACAAGUAAUGUGCAUCGUAGUACUUUCUUUUAUAAGUAAUGUGCAUCUUAAUGUUUUUUGUGAUCUUAAUUUUUUAAAUAUUAUUUCUAUUUACUAUCCAAGGUUAUGGCAUCAAGUAAGCGAUGAAUGCAGCUUGUUGAUAACCGACUUGACGAAUCCUACUUAAUUGGAGUGCAAAUUUUUUUGAAUUAUGCCUUUAGAAGAAUAGGAGAAUUGUAUGAAAUACGAUGUCCGUGUGUCAAAUGUUGUAACACAACAUUAGGAACACGUGAGACAGGCGAGAUACAUUUGAAAGUAUAUGGAAUAAUUCAAAAUUAUACUUUUUGGUAUCAUCAUGGAGAAGUUUUGGGUGAGCCACAGUUGGAAUGCGAAGUUGAAGAUAAUAAUGAAGUAGAUGAUUAUGAGGAUAAGGAUGAAAUACAUGAAAUGCUAAGGGAUUUGUAUCCUAAUCAUGAUGGAGGCCCUGCUGAUGUUGGUUGCAAUGAUUUACUUGAAGAAGAACCAAAUGUUGAAGCCAAAAAGUUUUACAGCCUAUUGAAAGAUUUCGAGAAGCCACUAUACCAAAGUUCCAAAAUUUCAAAACUUUCCACUUUGAUUAAACUGCUUCACAUAAAAAGUAUGGGUCAUUGGAGCAACGAGUCAUUUACAAUGUUAUUAAAAAUGUUGAAGGAUGAGAUGUUGCUUGAUGGAGCGAAUUUGCCAAAUUCAUAUUAUGAGGCAAAGAAGGUGAUUCGGGACCUUGGGCUUUCCUACCAAAAAAUUGAUGCUUGUAUAAAUGAUUGCAUGCUAUAUUGGAAGGAAGAUAAUUUACUUGAUUCCUGUAAAGUCUGUGGUGCAUCCAGAUGGAAAAUAGAUAAACAUAGCGGGGAAGCAAAGAAUAAGAAUGGUAAAAAAAUAGCAUCAAAUAUUUUACGUUAUUUUCCAUUGAAGCCUAGGCUUCAAAGGUUGUAUAUGUCUGCAAAGACAUCUUCUCUAAUGACAUGGCAUCAUGAUAAAAGGGUUGAUGAUGGAACAAUGAGGCAUCCAGCUGAUUCAAUGGCAUGAAAAUCAUUUGAUGAACUUCAUCCCUCAUUUGCGGUUGAGCCUUGUAAUAUUCGACUUGGACUUGCUAGUGAUGGAUUCCAGCCAUUUCGGAAUUCAAAAACCUCAUAUAGUAUUUGGCCCGUGGUACUUAUUCCUUAUAAUUUACCACAUUGGUUGUGUAUGAAACAAGAAAAUUUCAUUAUGUCCAUGCUUAUACCUGGUCCAGAUAGUCCAGGAGAUGCAAUUGACAUAUAUCUUCAACCCUUGAUAGAGGAGUUGAAUGAGUUAUGGGAAAUUGGUGUUGAGACCUUUGAUGCGUCAAGCUGACAGAAUUUUAAGUUACAUGCUUCUUUGUAUGGACCAUCAAUGACUUUCCAGCAUAUGCAUAUUUAUUUGGAUGUAGUACAAAAGGUAAAUUGGCAUGCCCAUGUUGCAAUAAAGACACUUCCUCAAUCAGAUUGAAGAAUAGUAAGAAACAAUGUUUUAUGGGUCAUUGGCGUUUCCUUCCUCUUAAUCACAAAUGGAGGAAUGAUAAGGAGUCAUUUGAUGACACAAAAGAGAAAAGGCUCCCGCCAAAAAUGCGUUCUGGUAUUGAGAUACUUAAUCAAGUGCAAGAUCUUAAAGGGUUACAGUUAACAAAGGAUCCAAAGAAAAGGACCAAGAUAUCACAUGAUGUUCGAAAAGAUAACUGGAAUAGGAGGAGUAUCUUUUUUGAACUUCUAUAUUGGAAAUCACUUUUGUUGCGACAUAAUUUGGAUGUUAUGCGUAUUGAAAAAAAAUAUAUGUGAUAAUAUUUUGGGGACGAUCAUGAAUGCCAAAGGAAAGACCAAGGACACCAUUAAAACUCGACUCGAUUUGCAAGAAAUGAACAUUAGGUCGGAAUUUUACCCAAUCAGAAAAGGAGAAAAAUAUGAAGUUCCAACUGCAUGUUACACAUUAUCUCCCCAAGAAAAGCACAACAUAUGCCUUUUCUUAAAUAAUUUAAAGGUACCAGAUGGAUUUUCAUCUAAUAUUUCUCAAAAUGUUAACUUGAAAGAGCACAAGAUUUCUGGAUUAAAGAGUCAUGAUUUCCAUGUUCUUCUACAACAUUUACUCCCUCUUGAUCUACAUGGUAUGCUAUCCAAAACAGUGUGUGAACCCCUUAUCGAGUUGUCUUUAUUUUUUAAUGUGCUUGGAGCAAAGGCAUUAAGGACUAGUGACUUGGAUCAGAUUGAAGCUCAAAUUCCUAUAACACUUUGUAAGUUAGAAAAGGUAUUCCCUCCCACAUUUUUUGAUGUCAUGGUGUACUUGCCUACUCACUUAGCUAAUGAAGCUAAGCUUGCUAGACCGGUUCAGUAUCGGUGGAUGUAUCCUAUAGAACGAUGGUUAUAUUUUUUGAAAUCUCUCAUUAGUAAUAGGGCUUGUCCAGAAGGUUCAAUUGUAGAGGGGUACCUUGCAAAUGAAUGUAUGAUCUUAUGUUCUAGGUAUCUAAAUAGAAUCGACAUAGUUUAAUCGGCCAGAACGAAAUUACGAUGGUGGUUUAAAAAAUUCUGAUGGAGGUUUAUCUCUAUUUUGUAAAUCUGGAAAAACUUUAGGAGCUCCAAAACAUCAUGAUCUUGAAGCAGAUGAAUCGGAGCAAGCACAUAUAUAUAUAUAUACUGAAGAAUUGUGAUGAAGUUUUACCAUUUCUAGAUUAUGAAAUUUUGUCCUUCAUAUCGUAUUUUGUUUUCAUUAUUUCCUUUAGGAUUGUUUAUCCUUUAUGUAUGAUAUUUGUGGUUCAACUAAUUUUUUUAGAGAGUUUGCAUGAACUCAUGUGGAUUCUACUUAACACUUGUCUGAUACAGAAUGGAAUAGACAAUUUACUGACUUUUGGAUUCAAUUUAAUUAUUGUAAUAGCAAUAUGUGGUAGUUUAGGGCCUAGAUAUCAAAAUGCAUCUUUUAUUUGUAUGUAGUUUGUUUUCUAUUGUGAUAUGAUGAUCUGUUAUGAAACCUUGAUGUAGAAUGUCUCAGCAGAAUCAGUAAGUUUACGGUUUUCUAUUUGCUGGAACUUGUGUUGUUUACCAUAGCAAGCUUCUGGAACGUCACUGGUCAGGCAUGUUUUGUUCAUUACCUGAAUCGAUUUUUGGAGUAGGUUAGUGAAAGAAACAAAGUACCUAGUUAGGUAUCCAAACAGAGAACCUAGUUGUUUACAAUGAACGUAUUGGAAUGGACAGUUUCAGUGUGAAGAAACACUUAAAUAUUCACCAUUUUCGUGCAUUUGCAUAUCAUUACUGGUGCCAUUGGGACUACCUGGAUGAUGCAGUUACUGUUGGUGCAUGUUCUAUGUUUUAAAUUCACAAAAUUGAAAUAAAGCUAAGGCAUUUGUUAAUUCAAGCUUUAUUGUAAAACUAUGUUUUCUUCUAUCACAUGGAAUUUCUGUAAUGAUAUUGGAUAUCAAUCUAUGUUUGAUGUAUUGGAGGAUAAAUUUGAGAGUGAUGACAUGGAUAUCCAUCGCGAUCAUAUUUUGGGAUGGAUGAAAGAGUUAUGGAACAAAUGGAGAGGACAAUUGCAUGCAAAAUAUGUGAAGGGUAAGCCAAUCCAAGAGGCUCUUAGGAAUGUGCCCAAGGGGGUAGACAAGAAACAAUGGGAGUGGUUGGUAAAGGAACAUUUUUCUACAGAAAAUUUUCAGGUUUGACAUAAUACCUAAUUAUGUAAUUUUAUUUUAUACAGUAAUAUUUUAAUUGAUAACUUAUUUAUAACAUUUGAUUUAAUGUUGUCACUCAAAUAUAGGCGAGAAGUAAUAGGAAUGCAGCAAAUAGAACUAAGUUGAAGAUGCUUCAUCAUAUUGGUAGCAAGUCAAUUAGAGAGAUUAUUUAUCAAAGGUGUUAUCAUCAAAUCUAUUUUUGCUUAAUAUUGACGAGAUAUUAUUUGACAUAUUUACUUUUAUGUAAAGAGCGAAAAAGAUGGCAAACCACCAGAUUUGACAACUAUUUUCUUUGAGACUCGCAAGAAGAAUAACACACUUGUUGAAGCUAAAACAAUCGAGAAACAUGCUCAAAUCAAGGAAUUGGUGCAGUCUGAACCGUCACUUUCUAACGUAGAAAUUGUAGAAAAAUGCUUUAGACCUCAAAGUCAUAGUCAUGUAUUUGGCUUUGGGGGUGGAUUAAAGGUGAAAGAUUUGAAAGGGAGAACUACCUCAAAACCUGAAUUAUUGGCUAAGCUACGUUCAACUGAAAAUGAAAAUCAGUCUUUGAAGGAUUGUCUGUCUAACUUCGAAAAUGAGAUAAGAGAACAGAAGAAAAUAAAAGAAUUAGUAUUAGCACAACAAACUAAUUUCCAGCCUCCAGCUCAGGAGAAUGACUAUUGGGAUCCUUGAUGAUACCAGUUUUGGAUAUUGAAGUUUACGAGAAGCCGAUUUUUGACGAUAUACAGAUCAACCAUCAUUUUGCUGGGAAUUUCAAGAAAAUUUUACAUUACAAUCGAGGGAUAUUAUUAGUAUAUGUAGUUUUUUGCUAAAUGUUUAUGAACACAAUAUUGUGACUAACUUACAUCAUUGAUGUACGAUUCAACUAAUUAACUUAUGUUGAUCAUUUUUGGUAUUAUUUUAUGAAA